AUGGGCAAGCUCUUUAUAGUCCAUCCCGGCGGUAACCACAUCUACUGCUGCAAGGAGUGCAAAACGCCCAUAGCUGCAAAGAAGGACUUUAUUGACCGGUGUAAGACCCUUGUGGAUGGUCAAGGCUUCCUCUUUAGUGCCGGCUUUAAUGUCAAGGAAAGUCACGUGUCUGAACGAAUAAUGGCUGCGGUUGAGGAUGACACUAAUAUUGUCAGAUAUUUGUCCUGUAUUAAGUGUAAAGCUUACAUGGGAUGGAGGUACGAGUAUUGUGAGAACAAAGAGCACCAGUACAGAGAAGGAAACUAUCUUCUCUUCCCCAACAACCUCUGUCCCGGCAAGUAG